AUGUUUAGGGCAGCAAGAAGCAGCAGCCCGCUAGGUCUCCGCUUAGUUUUGUCUCAGCUGCUGCUGCAGCUGAGUAGUUUGUCUCCUGCUAGCCAGCAGCAGCAGCAGCAGCAGCAGCAGCAGCAGCUGCAGCAGCUGCAGCAGCAGCAGCAGCAGCAGCAGGAUCCCUUUUCUCCUGCUGAGCUGCUGGCUGCUGUUGGGUUAGGGCCCCCGUGCUGCAGUAAGGAGACAGAUAAAGAAGAGGAGACAGAGAAAGAAGAAGAAACAAAUAAAGAAAAAUAUAUAAAAGAAAAAGAAAAAGAAAUAGAGAAAAAGGAGACAGAUAAAGAAAAAGAAACAGAAAUAAAACAAACAGAUAGAGGGGAGGAGACAGAAAGAAAGGAGACAGAUAAAGAAAAAGAAAAAGAAAAAGAAAAAGAAGUAGAGAGAAAGGAGACAGAUAAAGAAGAGACAGAGAGAAAGGAGACAGAUGCUGCUGUUUUUCCUUUAGGGAGGGAUCAGCAGCAGCAACAGCAGCAGCAGCAGCAGCAACAGCAGCAGCAGCAGCAGCAGCAGCAGCAGCAAGCGUCAAGGGAUGGUCUUUUCACUUUUUCCAAGCCUAUGAAGGAGGAACAAACAACAGCAGCAGCAGCAGCAGCAACAGCAGCAGCAGCAACAGCAGCAGCAGCAGCAGCAACAGCAGCAGGAUCUCCUCUUUUAUCUGUGCGGCAGCUAUCUCUUGCUUGUUUUAUUCGUCUUUUGUCUUUGUCUCCUUUUGUCUCCUCUAUAAGCCUAGAAGCAGAAAUCAAAGAAAUGGAGAAAUCCUUUCUGCUGCUGCUGCUGCACUGCAACGCCAGCAGCAAAACCAACAGCAGCAGCAGCAGCAGCAGCAGCAGCAGCAGCAGCAGCAGCAGCAGCAGCAAGCAACAGAAAUCUCUCACCUCCUGGAUUAAACAAUUGUGGAGAUCAGAAGAAGAAACAAAGAAGUGUAGAGUUCGUGAGGAGGCGUUUUUUCGUUUGAUGCAUUUCGGGUUCCUAGACAGAGGCAAAGAGCAGCAGCAGCAGCAACAGCAGCAGCAGCAGCAGCAGCACAAGGAUCAAGAGCACCAGCAGCAACGGCAGCAGCAACAGCAGCAGCAGCUCGAGGAGCAGCAGCAGCAGCAGCAAGGGUGGAGUCUCCCGAAUGCUUUUACACGUUCAAUUGGGGUGUAUUGUCUGCGGCUGCUGCAGCAGGUGCAGCUGCUGCAGCAGCAGCAGCAGCAGCAGCAGCAGCAGCAGCAGGCGGGUAUCGUUUCAGCAGCAGAUUCUUACCGCAGCAUUUCCGGCUCUCCAACAAGCAUCAGCAGCAGCAGCAGCAGCAGCAGCAGCAGCAGCAGCAGCAAGAGCAGCAGCAACCUGAGGCUGGGGAGACGUUCGUUUGUUGCUGCAGCAGAACUAGAACAGCAGCAAACUGAUGCUGCUGCUGCUGAGGCCCUUCGUCUCCUUUAUCUUCUCUCUCCUUCUGACCCCCUCCUUGAAGAACAAACCAAAACCCUAAUCAAAAGGGUUGCUGGUGGUUCUUUAUAUGAAGUGUUUAACUCUAUGCUGGAUUUGCCUCUAACUGCAGCUUUUAUAGAACGAUGGGGCCCCCAGGGGCCCCCCGAUUCAUGCUGCUGUUUGCUGCUGCAAGCAGCAGCAAAAUAUCUCCUCAGGAGACAAACAGGCAGUACGCCGGUUAUGUGGGAGGGGAGAACGGAGGAGGAGCUGCAGCGUCUGCUGCGCCUUUGCGAGGGUUUGACAGCAAGCCCUAGGGUUUCAGCUGUAUGUACAGUUGUUCCUGGGUGCCUCGAUGCUCUCAUCCGCGAGGCGCUUGAGUCUCCCAAUCCGCGGCUUAGAAGUGAGCUGUUUAGUUGUUUUGUGUUUCGUUUCUCUUUGCUUUUUCCUUUGGGGUUUUUCGUCGACGAAUUCAUCAAAAAAGCGGUUAACACCAUCAGCCUCCUUCUCCGCCAGUCUCCAGAGCUUCUACUCCACCAUCAGCAGCAAAUCCUCAGGGCUAUAUGUGCUCACUGGAGGCCCCAGGGGGCCCCCCUUGCUGAGACCCUCUGUUGGGGUGUGGGGGCCCUCCUAAACCCUAGACUGAUGCAGCAGCAGCAGCAGCAAAACCCUUUCAUCUCUCCGUCCAAGGUUGUAUCGGAUUAUUUCACUGCUUUAGAAUACGUUGCCUAUCUACCACUGGGUACUGGGGGGCCCCCAGGGGGGCCCCCCAUAUUGUUUGAGGUACCCUGGGGGCCCCCCGAUAUAGUAAGAACAGCAGAGGGGUUUAUACAGCCAGGGGGUGUUUCUUUUGCUGCUGCAGCAGCUGCUGCUGCAGAUGCUGCAGCAGAUGCAGCAGAUGUAGAGGGAAGAGGAGGUGCAGCAGCAACAGCAGCAGCAGCAGCAGCAGCAGCAGCGGCAGCAGCAAAAGCAGGGGGCCCCCUGCAGCAGAAUACUGGGGGAUCGAGGCCUCUUCAGGGCCCCCGGCGGUCCUCUCGAGCAUACGAGGGAGAACUUUCAGAUAAUUCCUCGCUAGAAGGGACAUCCGCUGGAGGCGCUGCAGCAGCAACAGCAGCAGCAGCAGCAGCAGCAGCAGCAGCGCCAACUGCUGCUGCUGCUGCUGUUGACGGCGGGGUUUCUGGCUGCCCCUCCCCCUCGUUGAUAUGCAUUGCAGUUGCUGCAAUGACACAGCUGGCGCUUCACUUCCCUCCUCUGCGUCCCCGAACGGUUUUGUGUCUGCGCUCCAAUCUUCUCUUGCUGAGACAGCCGCAGCACAGACCGGCGUUUCUUCAGCAGCAGCAGCAGCAACAGCAGCAGCAGCAGCAGCAGCAACAACAGCAGCAGGAGGGGGUGUAG